AUGUGGCUCAAAGAUUUUCUCCCCAGAGAGGCCUCCUGCGAAAAUGUCAGGAUUCUUUCGUACGGGUAUAAUACCAAACUCGUUGGGAAAGGCACGGUGGACGACACGUUCUUGGAUUACAGGAGAAAUUUUAUCCAGCAACUUGAGAAUGCUAGAAACUCGGAAGAGGAGAGUGAAAGGCCUAUCAUAUUCAUAGGGCAUAGUCUUGGUGGUAUUGUGAUAUUGCAGGCAUUAAGUCAAGCCAAGAAUAGGCCGAGAUUCCACGGGCACAUCCUAGACUCUACCGAAGCCAUACUAUUCUUUGGGACCCCGCACGCGGGCCUCAAUGGAGUCAGCGAACUGAUGGACAUGGUUCGAGACAUGUCAGGGCAUGGAACUCCUUCGAGCAGAAUAAAGCUUCUCAGUCUCCUCACCGAGGAUUCUGAGUUUUUGGCAACUCUGCGAGAUGGUCUGACUGAUAUCUGGGAUCCGGACACUUUGAAAGUUUUCAGCUUCUAUGAACUUGGGAAGACGCCAACCGUCCAAAAAGAGCUUACCGCGGGCGAGUGGAAAAGGUUUGGAAAGGCAGUGGGGAUGGUAAAGAAGAUGUCGGCUCUGUUGCAUUUGAGGAAUGAGAUUCCGAUUCCUAUUUCACGGAACCAUACGGAAAUGGUCAAAUUCAGCUCUGCGGCAGAUAAAGAUUAUCGCACGGUAGCAACCCAUAUAGGGAAUUGCGUAAAAGACAUUAUUUCUCGAGAGGAUAGCGACGAGGAUGAUAGUGAGGAGUGUGGAAGUGACACUACCGACCCGGACGAACGAAGGAGAAAGAGAAAGAGAAAGAGGAGAAGGGUGAUAAGCAGUAGAAACAAUAGUGAAAGCGAAAGUGAUGACGAGGACGAGAGUGGAAGCGGGACUGAGGGGGAAAGUAGUACUCCUAGCAGUGAUAGUUCUGACAGCUCAAGCGAGAGCGGAGAGAACAGUGAUGGCCCCGUCGUCAAUAAAAGUUCAAGCGACGAAACUGACGAUGAAGAGAUGUAG